AUGUCGAGAACAGAUAUCGAGUUGAAUUUGACACCUGUGGAUGCUUUAAAAGCUCCUGAUACCCAUGCACAUUCAGCUAAACUUAGUAACAAAGUUGCUGACCUCCCAUAUGAGCAACCACAUGAUGAGAUUUUUGCAGCAUUGAAGAACAGAAUUGAAGACAUCAAUCAUGAUGUCUGCGAACCAGGUGAUGAAAACUCAUUCUUUGUCUGCGAUAUCGGUGAAGUGGGAAGAUUACACAAGAAUUGGUUUAGGGAAUUACCCCGUGUUCAACCAUACUACGCCGUCAAGUGUAAUCCCGAUGCGAAAGUUCUAAGGAAAUUGGCGGAUCUUGGUGUUAAUUUCGACUGUGCAUCAAAAUCAGAAAUUGAAAAAGUGUUGGCGAUGGGCGUUAAUCCUGAACGUAUUAUCUAUGCAAAUCCAUGCAAGGCUUCAUCAUUCAUCCGGUAUGCAGCUGGGGCUAAGGUUUUAAAGUCUACAUUCGAUAAUGUGGAAGAAUUGCACAAAAUAAAAAAAUAUCACCCUGAUUCACAACUACUACUGCGAAUUGCUACAGAUGAUUCAACCGCACAAUGUCGGCUUUCCACUAAAUACGGUUGCGAAAUGGAAAAAGUCGACACCCUUUUGCAAUGUGUGAAGGAUUUAGGAUUAAACCUUGUUGGUGUUUCAUUCCACGUUGGUUCAGGUGCAUCGGAUUUUACCAGUCUUUACACGGCGGUUAAAGAUUCACGUACUGUGUUCGAUAGGGCACAAGAUUUCGGAUUAUCCAAUUUGAAGUUACUAGACGUUGGUGGUGGUUUCCAACUUGAGUCGUUCCAUGACUCAAGUGCAGUUCUAAGGAGCGCAUUAGAUGAGUUUUUCCCACAAGGAUGUGGUAUCGAUAUUAUUGCAGAACCUGGUCGUUAUUUUGCUGCUACUACUUUCACGCUAGCAGCUAACGUCAUCGCUAAACGUAAACUAUCAUCAAACGAAUCUAUGCUUUACAUCAAUGAUGGAGUUUACGGUAAUAUGAACUGCAUACUUUUUGACCAUCAGGAACCAACACCACGUACUCUGUACCAUAACGGCGAAUUUUAUUAUUACGAUUUUAAUUCUACCUCGCCGCGUUCCUUCCAAAAGGGUUUCCAAUACCCUCAAAAAGUUUCCAUUUGGGGGCCUACUUGUGACGGUUUAGAUUGUAUUACAAAGGAAUAUUACAUUAAGCAUGAUCUAGUUCCUGGUGAUUGGAUUUUCUUCCCUAGUCUCGGGGCCUAUGCUGCCUCUGCGGCUACACCAUUCAAUGGAUUCGAGCAAAAUGUUGACGUUUUAUACAUCGACACUGGAUCAAAAUAA